GCGCUCUGCCAAGUGAGAGCGGAAACGCGUUGUGACGCCGGCACCUGGCGGGCCUGGCUCGCGCGCUAGCUUCGCAACUGACUGUGUCAACCCAGCCAGCCAACUACCGAGCCCGCGCCGAGUGAUCGGCGCUGUAGCAGCUGACCGUGGUAACGCUGUCGACGCGCUACGACGUGUGCUUCUACUUAGCGUUGUUUUCGUACUGAUACGGUUUCACCACACGUUUUGAAUCAAGCAUGGCAAGUGCGUCGCUGUGUCAUCGCAGCUAAACGUUUACCUCCCGUGUGCUCGCAUGCACCUGACGCUCGCACCUGGAAAACAUGCCUAUGCGUCGGCGAGUCGGUUUCUUGUGUUGACUGUCACUCUCGCGCUACGGUUGCGUCGUUGCGCCUUGACACGACACCGAAGCAGCCGAAGUGUGGUGUGGUAGUACAGAGAAACCGCGUAGCAGCGACGUCUCGGUAGUCUGAAAACAGUUUUGGCUAGUGUCACCGGUUGCAUUCGAGCGUUGUCGCUGCGAACAUUUCGCUUUGUGCAGGCAGAAUGGAUGUCGACCAAGUGUUUCACAUCGUUGGCGAAGUUGGGCCACAGCAGAUCCUCUACUUUGUCUACACUGCCAUCCUCGGCGGGUUGUUUGUCAGCGGAGAGAUGCUUCAAAUUGUGUUCACUGGCGCGGCGCCGGAGUUCCAGUGCUGGAAUGGCUCAGUACCUUCGUCGUCGGGCUGCGACAUGAGCGGCCGAUGCGAGCACCCGCACUACACGUCGAGGUUUACGUCAAUAGCCACCGAGUGGAAUCUCAUCUGCCACGAUGCAUACUUUGUGAAGAUGGUGCAAGCAGUCUUCAUGUCCGGCGUCAUGUCUGGUGCCUAUGUGUUUGGCUACAUCUCCGACCGGUUUGGACGACGACGUACGCUACCAUUCGCUGCCAUCGCCAUGUCAAUCAUGACCUUCUUUGGGGCGUUUGCCCCAAGCCUGGCACUACAUGCCACCUGCCGCUUCUUUGCCGGCAUGACCACGGCCGCUGUAGCGCUCGUUACAUUCGUGCUCAUGACAGAGCUUAUUGGGCCAUCCAAGCGGGCACUGCUGGGCACACUAUUCCCCGGUGUGUUUGCUUUGGGCAUUGGACUGCAUGCUGCACUUGCCUAUUUCAUUACCGACUGGCGCCACUACUCCAUCGCCACAGCACUCCUGAGUGCUCUCUUCGUGCCACUUGCCCUGCUCCUGCCAGAAAGCCCACGUUGGCUGCUUCUGCACGGUCAGCGACUGCAGGCACGACAAGUCCUUGUGGACAUAGCAGUGCGCAAUGGCAGGGCGCACUGCCUGCCGCGCACCUGGGACCUGCAGGAACCCAAGGUGCACCACAAGGGCUCCAACCCGAUGGUGCUGUUUACUAGCCACACCUUGCGCACUCGAACUCUCAUCCAGAUCCUCCUUUGGUUAGUAAAUGGCAUCACCUACUAUGCACUGACAAUGGCUGCCAGCAGUUUAGGUGGCGACCUUUACAUGAGCACGGCCCUAUCAGGCCUGAUCGAGCUGCCGGGAUACCUGCUGUCAGCAUUCCUGCUCAGUUAUGUUGGCAGGCGACGCUCGCUGUGUGCUGUGAUGCUAAUUGGCAGUGGGGCGAGUAUUGCACUGCAGUUUUCUGGACUGUUACACUACAGCACUGCAGUGCGUGACGUUGUCUCGCUCAGCGCCAAGAUGUGCAUUGCGAUGUCCUUUGCCAUGAUCUACGUCUACUCGGCUGAGCUCAUGCCUACUAUUGUGAGGAAUGUCGGAAUGGGCAUUGUUUCUGUCGCAGCAAGAAUCGGCGGCAUAAUCUCUCCAUUUGUCAGCUUGCUGGACAAUAUGAUUCCUGGUCUGCAAUUCACCGUUCUUGGUGCCAUGAUGCUUGUCUCAGGCCUAUCUGCUCUCGCACUGCCGGAGACAGGGGGCCAACACUUGCCCGAGACCAUAGAGGAAAUCGAGGAUGAAGACAAACGUCCACUUCUGUCGCCGACGACAUCAGGUGUCUUCACCCGAGUGUCUCUGGACGAAGGAAUUGUGGAAGUAUCCAGCAGUUCUGAAGAUGAGCUGUACUCUGUACACCAGCGGCCACCCGUCGCUUACGGAUCGUAGUAGGAAGCAGCAGAAGUAGCCAUACUGACUGUGCCUCGCGCUGCAUUGCAGAUCUUGGUUUCCGCAUUGGCAUGCUGGAAGCCCCUUGCAUGCACCAAGUGAAAUACCGGCCGUACGCGAAGGCUGUGUUGGUGAUUCGCAUGCCACCACUGAGAUUCUUCUUCAAUGCCUGAAAGGUGGUUGCAAUCAUAAGCCGCUGAGUGGGUGUAGCUGUACACUGGUCACCUAGGCAUUCAGUGUUUGUUGGGAGCCACAAGUGUUGUGUGCAACAAAUGGUGGAUCAAGGUACUGUGAGGUUUGCGCAUUCCACCACCACUAUUUCUGAUACGAUAGGUGAUGCUUCCAGCAGUACCUGACUGAGUCUGGUCAUCUAGACAGCUCUAGUUAUGAAAUACCGCGUACGUGGUACAUGAUGGAACUGUAAACGAAGGUGUUAUGGAAACUGCACGUGUACAUUAUGCACCGUUUCAAUGUUGCUCUUCCAAUUUUGGGGGGAUAUUUUAAUCAGUUUUGCCAGAUACGUAUAUGUUUUGGAGACAUGUUCCCAACUGUGUUGUCCCGAGGUUAUGUACAGAUGCUGUUAAUAGAUGAAGUUAUGUGUAUGGAUGCAGAAGAAUUGUCAGCGUAAACUAGUAUAAUUGAUGCUCUGCCAUUGGGCAGCUGCGUUUUUCUUUCCAUUUCUUUGAUGGAAAGCCUAGAUGGACAGGUGUUUUUAAUGAUGGCCUUCUUAUAUUUGCUGCAAUUACUGUCAGAAAGGAAGACUUGACACUCCACAGGAAUGCCUUAAACGUAAAUUGUACCUAGCCCCGUUUCUGUAUUUCUUUUUUUAGUUUGAUGUUGUGCCUAGCUUAAAAAUAAAACUUUAGACAGAAUAAGCUAAUUGAAAAACUCAAUUGUAGUUGACAAUCACCA